AUCCUGCGACGGUGCCAAUCGGUCGUGUGCGAAUUGUGUUAGCAAAUUUCGGUGAAAUUCGUUUCCAUUUCUUUUUACGCAAGCCGAUCCAAGCGGAAGAUUUUGUUCCGGAAUCCGCCAAGCGACUGGGUUUAGAUUUCGGAUCCAAUAUUGAACUGGCAGCAUUCGAACGUAAUGCAACAGAACGUGGAGCUCGUGGUAGAACGAAGGCUUCGGCCUAUAUUCGAAUCCAUCGAGAUCGGCAACUACAAAAAGGCCUUACAAGAUGUGGAAAAGGUGCUGAAGAGGAACCCGACCAUUCAAUGUGGCAGAGCUUUGAAAGCUUGGGCAUACAUUCGGUUGGGUCGCGAUGAAGAUAGUGCCACAUUGAUUCGAGCAUUGGAGCAGGAAACGCCUACGGAGUCAACCACUCUACAUGUGAUGACACUGUGCUACAAGGAAACGAAUCAGUUGGAUAAGAUCUGUCAGUUAUUUGCCAGUGCCUCCCGACAACAUCCCGGCAAUGAAGAACUGUUGUCCCAGUUGUUCAUCGCCCACAUGCGAGUUAACGAUUUCAAAGCUCAGCAAACGGUGGCACUGCAGCUGUACAAGCUGAAACCACGUAAUCCGUUCUAUUUUUGGGCGGUGAUGAGUGUUGUACUCCAGGCUCUGCGUGGACCGGAUUCGAAAGAUCCUCAAAAAUCCUCGCUUCUGCUGUCGUUGGCGCAAAGAAUGGUGGACAAGCUAAACGCUGAUAAUAAGUUGGAAGCUUCCCAGGAGGUUCAGUUGUAUCUUCAAAUCUUGCAGCACCAGAAAAAGUACCAGGAAAUGCUUGAUUUUCUCGAAGGACCCGUGUGCCAGAAGCUAUAUCCGGGUGCUCCCCACUCGAUCAAGAUUGACCUGCUGAAAAAACUGAACAAAUGGGUUGAGUUGAACAAGAUGAUGAAGGAAUUGUUGAUUGAUGAUUCUGACCGGUGGGACUACUAUCAGGAUUAUAUUCAAUCAACAUUCGAGCUAAUCAAAAUAGAUGACAAAUCGCCAGAGGCAGACCAUACGACCGAUAUGUGUCACGAGUUUAUCUGUAGUAUUAUGGAGUCUCAACAACGCAAACAUAGGGGACCCUACUUGGCCCGGUUGGAAUUGAACCGUCUGAUGGUGGAAAAUAAUUACGACAAGGAGCAGCUGUUCGGCGACUUGACUGACCUUCUGUUGGACUAUUUCCGGUUGUUCGGUGAUAAGACCUGUUGCGCCAACGAUUUGAAAUUGUUUUUGGAAUACGUUGAUCCGGCGAAGCGACCCGGAUUUGCUGCCAAACUGAUGCAAGAAUGUCGCAUCAAUCCGGUCACGUUACCGAGCAGUAAAGAGCACAUGCAACGACACAUUUGUUCGCUACAGAUUGCUCGAUUCUGCGGAGCACAUGCCUCACUGAGCGAAGAACAUCUUUCCGCUCUUUACACGGCACUGAGCUUACAUUACGAGCACGGUUACAGCGCGUUUGGUAGAGGACUGUUACCGACCGACAUGGGUCCUUCUGAUCCUUACGCCAUGUUAGCGGUGCACAUUAUGUAUGAUCGCGCCUGGAUGUUGCAGCGUUCGGAACCGUUGGUGGAGGCCCUCUGCUUGUUGCAUCAUUUACUGUCCAACAGUGUUAACAACUUUCACGGUAAAUUGCUAUGCCUGCAGCUAUACCAUCGAAUGGGUCUGGUGGAAACCGCUCAUCGAGUGUACGAAUCUCUCGACGUUAAGCACAUCCAGCUGGACUCGCUGGGCUACCUGCACUGUGCCCAACUGUGCAAUGGUGGCUUCCCAGGGCUCGCCAAGCAUCUGUUCGACCAGACGCUUCACUUUUUCGUCAACGACCACCAGAAUAGCGUAGAGUUCCUUAAGACGUCGUACAAUUUCGGAUCGUUUUCGAAGUUGAUCGAAUUCCUGGACUUCAGGGAUCGACUGUCGAACAGUUUGCAUUUUACACUGAUUUCGGUGGAAGCUCUUCUGCUGGAAAUGGUGUGUUUCAGUGGCACGUUAGCGCAAAAUCUCGCAGCUUACCGAUUGAUGCGAAUAAAACCUCACGAGGAUCGUAUCAAGUGGAACGAACUGAGCGACAACCGGGACAUGACGAUCUUCGUUCACUGGGAUCCGGUAGUGGAUUACUCGAAAAUUCUUCCACCGGAUGGAACGACAGACGCAUUGAAAAAUACCGAAAACUUAGCGGAGAUUCUCGAAUCCAAAACGGUAGAGCAGCACCGGGAAGAGUGUCGAGAGGAAAGUUAUAAGCAGGAACUGGAACUGCUUCAGUUGCGAUCGGGAAUGUUACUAUUGGUUUCGUCUCUUAUUGAGUUGCACACCAAAGCAUCGGAAGAAGAUUACAGCACUGUCGAUAGUGUGCUACAGCAGUGGAAGAGCUUAUUCUCUUCCGUUAGAACAUUGAAUCGAAAGUGCAUGAGUGGAAAAUUUCUAGUCAAUUUAUUGCCGUCUCGGUUGCAUUUAGUGCUUCGAGUUCCUUACGAAAGUGUGUUCAUGAAUUUUGCUAACUUUCUGCUGCUCCUGUGGAAAGGGGAAAAGCACGAACAGAUACAAACCAGUGCCGAGUGCUGUACAAAGGACAUUGAAGCAUUGUUUGCUCUAAUUGCUAGUUCAAUCGGUGAUUACAAUAGGUCGGGCGAUUUGCUGUGGAAUCGAAAGCAGGUGCACGACACCGUUAACGCUUCUAUCGAGAUUAUCUGUUUGGUGCUAUUCGUACUGACCGUAUGCUACGACAAAUACUCACAGGCGCCGGCGCUGCAACCUACGCGUAAGGUUAAGAAAAAGGACGCAGAACAGAACAAUCACGAGAGUGCGGUGACGGUGAUGACGGACAAAAAUCGUUUGCUUCUGAUAUCGGAUAUACUGCGACUACUCAAACACAACAUAAUCGAAUGCGACACGGUGCUAUCUACCUGGGAGCUCCCGCUGUUAUCCGAUUCCUUAGCUGCAGCCCUCGAACAGAUGUCACUUGGCGCCAAGUGUGAAAGUGGUGUACAGCUAAAACUCAUGGAAAGCCAUUCGGGCGAAAUUAGGGAACUGAGAAAGUUGUUAAAAGACAAACUGAAAUUGAUCAAUAAAUCAAUUUAAUGCGA